AUGGCGUGUGUCUACGCGGAGGAGGCGCGGGGUGGUGCUCUCGAUUCCCUCCUCCGCAUUCUCCUUCCUUCUCUAUCAGCCCGGCUCUCUGUAAAGUCUGUGAUAAACCGUCAUGGCUUAAGGCAGCUUAAAGGCGAAUGGCCAGCUGGCUAUCCUGAUAUACACUCCCUUUUGCUCGUCAGGGAAAAAGGUCUUGCUGUCCCAAUGAUAUGUUUGGGGUUAGUCAGGAGCACAAGUGGGAGGAACCCAGACUGGCGCCACUUAACAGUGAAGGCGAUGUUUCCAUGCUGCAAAAAACUGGAUGCAAUUGCAAGGUGGCUCACAUGGCAAGGGCAAGAGCAGUUGUGGAUGAUCCUUCAUUUUAGCUAUGCCAAAAGAGAACGGAACAGCUUUUGGAAAAGCCCUACUUGUGUUGUUGCUGAGCUCCUUCUCUUUCUCUUUGCUGAGGUACUUUUUGUCCGGCCUUUGAAUAUUUUUGUUUCACAAAGUCAAAUUCCUCUUCCCUAAGU